CCCCCCCCCCCCUCCCCCCCCCCCCCACCCCAUCCGCCAGCCUCGCAUUCCGCCAUUUGAUUUCUCUCUCUCUCUCUCUCUCCCUUCCUUCUCUGCUGCCGGGGAGGAGGAGAGGAGAGGAAAGAGGCGAAGGGCGCACCGGGAAGGAGGAGGACCAGGAGGACCAGGAGGAGGCGCUUGCCGGCGGAGUUCUCUCGCCUCCUUCUUGGCUCCGAUUCCGGGUGCCAUAAAACGCGCGCCGCCGGCGGCCACCCGGCAGCCAUGUCGCCCUUCUACCUUGCUCGCAGUGCUUCCAAGCUAGUGAGGAGGAUCACCUCGGAGGUAUCGGUCGAGCUCAAGAUCCUCUCUGAGAAAUGGCGCCUUCUUCUCGCUGGCCUCGUUUUCCAGUACAUUCAUGGUUUGGCCGCACGAGGGGUUCAUUAUUUGCACCGGCCUGGGCCUACCCUUCAAGAUCUAGGCUUUAUGAUUCUUCCAGAACUUGGAAAAGAAAGGGGUUACAUCAGUGAGACAUUAUUUACAUUCAUCUUCCUCUCCUUUGUAUUGUGGACAUUUCAUCCUUUCAUCCUUCAGACCAAGCGCUUCUACACUGUUCUGAUCUGGCGCAGGGUGCUUGCCUUCUUAUGUGCUUCUCAAUUUCUACGGAUAAUAACAUUCUAUUCCACACAGCUUCCAGGUCCCAACUAUCAUUGUCGCGAGGGCUCACCUCUGGCCAGAUUACCACCACCCCAGAAUGCAGCAGAGGUCCUUCUGAUUAAUUUCCCAAGGGGAGUGAUAUAUGGCUGUGGUGACUUGAUAUUUUCAUCCCACAUGAUUUUCACUCUAGUCUUUGUCAUAACAUACCAGAAGUAUGGAAGUAUAAGGUUUGUUAAGAUGCUUGCGUGGUGCAUAGCUAUUGUUCAGAGUCUUCUUAUUAUAUCUUCUCGCAAGCAUUACAGUGUUGAUGUUGUUGUAGCAUGGUAUACUGUGAAUUUGGUUGUUUUCUUUGUGGAUAAGAAGCUUACAGAACUUCCCGACCGAUCAGCAGGGUCUGCAUCAAUACUACCUGUCAGUACGAAGGACAAAGAUACCAAGUUGAAAGAAGAGAGCACGAGAUUGUUGAAUGGUAACUCUGGGGAUUCAGCUGACCGGAGACCACGAACGCAAAUUAAUGGAAAGCACAUUGAGAAUGAAAGCCAUGUUGAUAGUGAAAGUGUGAAAACAUGAUGAGUGCUGAUGGAGCGAUUUUUGUUAGUUGAAAGACGUUCCAGAGAAGGAAGGAAUAUGGGAUGACACGUGCUUUGGUGCCUAGCAGCUUCAUGACAUAGCUAUGAAGGAAAUAGUUUUAGACCUCACGAUCCUACGCAGAACAAGUUUUGUUCGUAAAACUGUAUAUGUCUAUAUCCCAGCUGUCUCACUGUGACCCCCCUUUUCUUUUUCUGGUUUCUUUCUUUUAUUUUCCGUAUUAGAAUUCAGAUUAUUUAUGCAAAAGCGUAUAGUUUGCACAGCAUUGAGAUCCUUUGCAAGUGUAAUCAUCUUGACAAUAUGAGAUUGUCUUGGGUACCUACUUCUGAAAGGUCACAUGGUUUGUGAGUUCA